UUAAUCCUAAAAAAACCAAACACGUUAACAUAGAAAUAGGGUUCUAAUUUGAGCUUGUCACUGUUACUCACCACACGAAGCUUUCACUUUACUGAACCUAACAAGACAACUUCCAUCUUCACUCUUCCAACAAUAAGGUUCUGUGUUAAUUUUGAUUCUGUUGACCGAAAGUGUGCCCAUCCGUCCCUCCAUUGGCGUUAGCUAUGCUACCCACUGCAGCCAAAGAGACCCAAUUACGUGAGAACAACAGUCAGAAAGUCCACCCUCAACCAAUGGAAGAAGCUACGAACCAGAAUCCAGAAGCUGUGGAAACCCUAGUAUCUAAAAUAUUCACAAAUAUCUCCUCUCUGAAAUCAGCUUAUAUCCAGCUGCAAGCUGCUCAUACUCCCUAUGACCCCGAUAAAAUCCACACUGCUGACAAACAAGUUAUUAGUGAGCUAAAAAAUCUAUCUGAACUUAAGCAUUUCUACAGGGAGAACAACCCAAAGCCAGUGUGUGUUUCUCCUCAAGACUCGCGUUUAGCUGCAGAAAUUCAAGAACAACAGAGCCUCCUGAAAACGUAUGAGGUCAUGGUUAAAAAGUUUCAGUCUGAAAUUCAGAAUAAAGAUUCGGAGAUCCAUCAACUGGAAAAGCAGAUCGAGGAGGCUAGUCAAAAGAGGGCAAAACUAGAAAAGAAUCUGAAGCUUAGAGGUUUGUCGGCUAAAGAAUCAGAAGAUGGAAAUGGGUUUUUCCCUGUGGAUCUAACUCCUGAUCUCUUUACAUCUUCUGUGGAAGCAGCUGCGAAAUCAGUUCAUGAUUUUUCUAAACCUUUGAUCAAUAUGAUGAAAGCAGCUGGGUGGGAUCUUGAUGCUGCUGCCAACUCAAUCGAACCGAAUGUUGUUUAUGCGAAGAGAGCUCAUAAGAAAUAUGCAUUCGAGUCUUACAUAUGCCAAAGAAUGUUUGGUGGCUUCGAGCAAGAAAGCUUCUCUGUCAAAUCAGACAAUAUUACAAUCAAUAAAGAGAGCUUCUUCCACCAAUUUCUCGCUUUAAGGGAGAUCGACCCUUUGGACAUGCUAGGUCAGAAUCCAGAUUCCAUUUUUGGGAAAUUCUGCAGGAGCAAAUACCUAGUGGUAGUUCAUCCAAAGAUGGAGGCGUCGUUUUUUGGAAAUCUAGAUCAGCGAAAUUAUGUGAUGGGUGGAGGACAUCCAAGAACUCCUUUUUACCAAGUUUUUCUAAAACUAGCAAAGUCAAUUUGGCUUUUACACAAAUUGGCUUAUUCUUUUGAGCCAAAUGUCAAGGUAUUUCAGGUUAAAGGAGGGAGCGAGUUCUCCGAUGUUUACAUGGAAAGUGUGAUCAAGAAUCUGAUAAUGGAAGAAAAUGAUGAAAAGCCAAAAGUUGGAUUGAUGGUUAUGCCUGGAUUUUGGAUUGGGGGAAGUGUGAUUCAGAGUAAAGUUUAUCUCUCUGGUAUGAAGGUAGCUGAAUGAUUCUUGAAAACAGGCAUGCUUUUCAGCAAAUCCAAAUCCAUUUGGUUGUAUGCGCGUUGUUUCAUUAUCAUCAUUUUCUUAUCUUUUAAGAUAAUGUCGUCGUCGUUUGUAACUUUUAAGAUCCCUUUUAGUGUUUGUAAGAUUACAUGCUGGAUUCCAGGUCUCUUGUUGCAACUUUAACAGUAUAUGUGGGAGGGAUAUUGGAAGGUGUAUAAAAGUUUUCAUUGCUUUGGGGAAAAAGAGAUUCAUGUGUUCAUUGUUCACA